ACCGCGACCCGCCUGAGGGGUGGCAGGGAAGGGGGGCUCGGUGAGACCCUCCCCGCACAACCCCCGGUUCCUCUGAGGGGUCGGAGCCGCUCCAGGGAGGGGAAGGAGAUGGAGAAGGUUCGCCCCACCUUUCCUAGAUCCUCCUCCGGCUGAUUCCCGAUGGGAGCCCCCCUCACCCCCAAGGGCGGGGGGGCCCCUCAGGGAACCCUGAAGCAGAGACCCCCCCUCAGGAGAGACCCCCCAGGCCCGGGCUCCUCACAAUGAGCCGGAACACCUUCAGGGUCCCGAGCGGAGUCUCAGCCCCGGUUUUGCUCCGUGAGCCCCCAGCCCAUGGACGGGGACCCGCGUCUCGCCCAGACCUCACCCCGCUCCCAUCCCGGGUCUGAGCUCCCUGCUAGGCGGCUUCCCGAGGCUGCGGGACCCCGUGCCAUCCUCCCCCACAGACAGCAGGGCCACGGCUCCCUGCCCGCUCAUCCCCAGCCCCUCCCGUUCUCCCCGUGCCCGUCCCGGGGCUCCCCGGGUCUCACCGCGUCCCUCCCUCACCCGGUACUCGGUGACAGCAACAAAAUGGCGGUGACCGCCUCACGCGAGACCACGCCCACCGAGCGAGAUGAUUGGCCGCGAGCGGCGGAAACUGUGACGCGAUUGGUCGAGGGUCCGCGAAGCCCCGCCCAGCGGCGGCCCGGACAGCGUUUGGUACAAAGCGCUCCCGCCCUCGCGGCGGCCAAUGGGGAGCGGCGGCGCGCCGGAAGUGAGGAGGGAGGCGGGGCUUUUAGGGCACGUGUCAGUGUUGUUGACCAAUCAGAGCGCGGGGGAGGGGCGUGGCCUGGCGGUGCCGCGGAGCCGGGAGGAUCCGAGCCGGGAAACCGGGACCGAACCGGGACCGAGCGGGGGAACCGGGACUGACUGGAACAGAGACCGAGCGGGGGAGCCGGGACCGAGCGGGGAACCGGGACCGAACCGGGACCGAACCGGGACCGAGCGGGGAACCGGGACCGACGGGAACAGAGACCGAGCGGGGGAGCCGGGACCGAGCGGGGAACCGGGACCGAACCGGGACCGACAGGAACAGAGACCGAGCCGGGGAACCGGGACCGAACCGGGGGAGCCAGGACCGACAGGAACAGGGACCGAGCGGGGGAACUGGGACUGAGCCGCUGGACCAGGACCGAGCCGGGAAACCGGGACCGACAGGAACCAGCACCGGGACACGGACAGACCGCCCGUACCGGCACCGACAUCCACCGGUACAGGGACAGCGACCGACUGCCCCCACCGGCACCGGGACCGACUGGGGCAGACCGGGACCAAGCGCGGCCACCGGGAUCCACCGGCACCGGCGCUGGCCGCCGCUAGCGGCACCGGCCCGGUCACAAACCGGAGCCCGCGCUCACCGGGACCGGCCGGCUCUGGCCACGCCCCUCCCGCGUUGGCCCCGCCCAUCUCACCGUAGCCCCGCCCCCGGCAUGUCCCAGGCGGUGCUGCUGCUGCGGCGGCUCCGGCACCGGCACCGGGAACGGGACCGGGAACGGAACCGGGACGGGGAACAGGACCGGGAUCGGGAUCGAGACUGUGACAGGGAUCAGCACCGGCACCGGGAACGGAACCGGGACCGCGACGGGGAACAGGACUGGGAUCGGGACAGGGACCGGGAACAGCACCGGGAUCAGGAUCAGCACCGGGAGCAGAACCGGGAGAGCGAUGGGCAGCAGCACCGGGAUCAGGACUGUGACAGGGACCGGGAGCGGCUCCAGGAGCGGCACCCGGAACGGGAGAGUGACGAGGAAGAGAACUGGCACCGGGAGCGGGAUCAGGAGUGUGACAGGGACCGGGAUCAGCACCGGGACCGGGAUGACCCCCACGAGCGGCACCGGGAGCACCGGGAUGACCCCCACGAGCGGCACCGGGACGAACCCCGUGAUGGUGACCGCCAUCAGCCCGGGGCUCGGGACCCGCACCCCGCGCCGCCGCCGCCCUCCCGGCUCUCCCUCCCCGCUGCGCCGUCCCCGAGCCCCCGCGGCCGCCGCCGCCGCCGCCCGUACCCGGCGCAGCGCGUUUACCGGGCGCGCUGCUCCUUCCUGGAGCUGAGCGACGAGCAGGCGCUGCGGCGCUGCCGCCUGGACCGGGCCGCCAUCGCGGCGCUGUGCCGGGAGCUCGGCGCCGACCUGCAGAGCCUGACCGGGCGCAGCCACGCGCUGCCCGUGGCCGUCAAGGUCACCUCGGCCUUGGCCUUCCUGGCCUCGGGAUCCUUCCAGACGGCGUCGCGCCUCAGCACGGGCAUCAGCCAGUCGGCCAUGUCCAACUGCCUGGCGCAGUUCCUGGCGGCCUUGCAGCGGCGGGCGCCGGCCUACAUCGCCUUCCCGCCGCCGCCCGCGCCCCCCGGGGACCCCCCGGCGCUGCCCGGCGUGCUGGGCCUGGUGGGCGCCAUGCACGUGGCGCUGAGGGCGCCGGCCGAGCGCGAGCCCCUGUUCCGCAACGCCGCCAACUUCCACUCCAUCAACGCGCAGGUGGUGUGCGACCGCCGCGGCCACAUCACCAACGUGGUGGCCAAGUUCCCCGGCUCGUGCGCCAACGCCACCGUGCUGGAGAACUCGGCCCUGGCGCGCCUCAUGGAGGGCAGCAGGCCCGAGGGGGUCUGGCUGCUGGGUGACGGCUCGUACCCGCUGAAGCCAUGGCUGCUGACGCCGAUCCGGGGCGCGCGGGGCGCGGCCGAGCUGCGCUACAACGCGCUGCACUGGCGCUCGCUGGCGCCGCUGCGCCGCACGCUGCGCCUGCUGCGCCGCCGCUUCCGCUGCCUGGCGGGCGGGGGGCUGCAGUACAGCCCCCCCAAGGUCUGCCAGAUCUUCCUGGCCUGCUGCAUCCUGCACAACAUCGCCCUGCGCCGCCGCGUGCCCCUGGAGCCCCCCGAGGGGCUCCCGCCCGCCCCCGGCCCCCCCGAGCCCCCCCCGCAGCCGCCGCCGCCCCCCGGGCCGGGGGCGCGCGAGGGGCGCGCGGUGAGGGCCAGGCUGGUGCAGCGCGUCCGGGAGGGGCUGGCCUGAGGGGAUGGGGGGCUGGGGGGGUCCUGGGGGGUGCUGGGCGGGGAUUUGGGGGGGCCCGAGCCCUGGUUUGGGGGUCCCGAGCCCUGAUUUGGGGGUCCUGAGCCCUGAUGUGGGGGGCUCUGAGCACUUUGGUGGGUCCUGGCCCCUGAUUUGGGGGUCCUGAGCCCUGGUUUGGGGGUCCCGAGCCCUGGUUUGGGGUCCUGAGCCCUGGUUUGGGGGGUUCUGACCUGAUUUUGGGGGGCUCUGAGCACUCUAGGGGCUCCUGAGCCCUGAUUUGGGGGUCCUGAGCCCUGAUUUGGGGGUCCUGAGCCCUGAUUUAGGGUCCUGAGCCCUGGUUUGGGGGUCCUGAGCCCUGGUUUGGGGGUCCCGAGCCCUGGUUUGGGGUCCUGAGCCCUGAUUUGGGGGUCCCGAGCCCGGAUUUGGGGGUCCUGAGGCCUGAUUUGGGGGUCCCGAGCCCGGAUUUGGGGGUCCUGAGGCCUGAUUUGGGGGUCCCAAGCCCUGGUUUGGGGGUCCUGAGGCCUGAUUUGGGGUCUCAAGCCCUGGCUUGGGGUCCUGAGCCCUGGUUUGGGGGUCCUGACCCCUAAUUUUGGGGGCUCUGAGCACUCUGGGGGGGCCCAACCCCUGAUUUGGGGUCUCUGGGUCCUUGUGGGGGCCACUGUCAGGUUUUGGGGGGCUCUGAGCCUCUGGAGGGGCUCUGACCCCUGGCAGGCGGGUCCAUCAUUUUGGGGCUGUUUUAUUUCCCCCCAUUUUCCCUCAGAUUUCCUCCCUCAGCCGAGCCCGUGCUCAUUUUGGGGCAAAUAAACGAUUUUUUUUU